ACCUUUAAUUUCUUCUUUGUAAGGUUGUUCUUGGUAGUACCAGAUCAUAUGGGGGGCUCUUCACCAUGUGCAUCCUGCAAAUUGUUAAGGCGUCGUUGUGCCAAAGAGUGCAUCUUUGCCCCUUACUUCCCUUCUAAUGACCCUCAGAAGUUUGCUAUUGUUCACAAAGUUUUUGGCGCUAGCAAUGUCAGUAAAAUGUUGCGGGAGCUUCCAGUUCACCAGAGAGAAGAUGCUGUGAGUAGCCUGGUUUAUGAAGCAACUGCGAGAGUGAGAGACCCGGUAUAUGGAUGCGUGGGAGCAAUAUCUUACCUUCAGAAUCAAGUGUCCGAGCUGCAAAUGCAGCUUUCAGUUGCCCAAGCAGAGAUACUUCGCAUUCAGAUGCAGCUAGAGCCUGCAAUGCUGACUCCAAUAGAUCAAGAUGACAAGACAUCACUUUUCUCCAGCAAUAACUUCAAUAUUAAUAACUCUCCUCAUCCCCAGUACAUUAACUUUGCUUCUUCUUCUACCAAUUUAAUCCAAGACCUUCUUGGGGGAGAGUAUCUUUGGACUUAAAUUAGUUGUUUUUUUUUUCUUUUCUCUCCCCUUAAUUGAAUGCCAGAACAUGUUUGCUCACAUGCUUUGGAUAUUAAUCUUUUCCCUUUUGGUUGGUUAGUCAAAUGGGUAUAGCAUUGCUAGUUAUAUACAAGAGAUAGUAGAUGAAACUGAGGGAAGUAUUUUUGAUGGAAUCAAACGUUGCAUGUGAGGCAGGGAGUAAAUUAGGAUUUAAAGGGCAUCUCUUUCUUUAUAUAGAAGCAAUUUAGGCUUCAGGAUCACUGCAAUUACUUUUUCUUGACAAAAAAUUAAUGUAAACUUGAAUU